AUGUCUCCCUCGCUCAGGUUCCCCGAGCGCCCGUUUGUUGGACAAGGGGCGGAGGCCUCAGGUGAGAAUGCUUGCACGGGCAGCAGCAGCUGCAACUGCAGCAUUUGCUGCUGCAGCAAGGAGACCUGUGGGGGCACAGCUUGCGACACAAGCAACGGCAGCUGCCGCAGCCCCUGCAGCAGAAGCAGCAUCGAGCGAGAGGGGGGAGAAAUACCUCCUCUAAGAAGCUCAGUUAAUCCUUCGUGGGUGGAAGCGCAUGAACAUGCAGGAGAUUCAGCAGCAGCAGCAGCUGCACUGGCAGCAGCAGCAGCAGGACCCCCACCAGCAGGUGCUGCAGCACAGAACUCGGGGAUUUGGGCCGUCGCGCUGCAACAGUCUGCUGCUGCUGCUGCUGCUGCUCUCAUGAGGCGCAGCCCCUCAGCCCCCAGCUUAGUUAGUGGUGUGCUGCGGGACUGCAUUCCAAGCCGGCAGCAGCUGCAGCAGCUGCAGCAGCAACUGCUGCUGCAGCAGAUGCAGCAGCUGAAGAUAGCACCCCAGGACCAUCAACACGACCCUGAGGGCCGCCCACAAGAAUGCGAACCUCAAGUUGAGCAGCAGAAACUGCAACAGCAGCAGCACCAGCUGCAGCAAGAGCAGCUGCAGCAAGAGCAGCUACACCCCGAGCAGCUGCAGCAACAGCAGCUGCAGCAACAGCAGCGACAGCAACAGCAGCUACAGCAACAGCAGCUGCAGCAAGAGCAGCUGCACCAGGAGCGCCGCCCAACAGGCAACGCUGCAGCAGCAGAAGCGGCUGAGGCGUUGGAUUCCGCAGAAGCGCAGCGGCGGCAGCAGCAGCAGCAACAGGAGCCGCAGAUGCAGCAACAGCAAUCGCAGCUGCAGCAGCAGCCGCAGAUGCAGCAGCAACCUCAGCUGCAGCAGCAGGAGCAGCAGCAGUUGCUGUUGCAGCAGCAGCAAGAGGAGCAGGAUGAGCAGCAGCAACUGCCGCAGCAGCCGGAUGCGGCCUCCCCCCCUUCGAGGCAGCAGCGGCAGCAGCUGCGCCAACCCAAGAAUCUAGCACCAGCAGCAACAGCAACAGGCACUGCUGCUGUGGGGAGCAGCAGCAAGUUCGGAUCGAUAGCAGAAGGCAUUGCUGCAGCAGCAGCAGCGCCAACUGCAGCAGCAGCAUCAGCUGCUGCUGCUUGCUGCAGCAACUCCAGGAAGAGGCGCUGCACGAGGCCUCCUAGGAACCGCGCUGGCAGCAACAGCAACAGCAACAGCCGUUACAGCAGCAGCAGCAACUGCAACUGCAGCAGCAGCAGCACCAGGACCCGAACGAGAACACAGAGCGACGCUACACACUCAAUGCUGAAGAAGAAGACGCACCAAGUGGAAGACCAGUUCUUCCGCAUAAAGAUGUGCCAGAACUUUCUUAACGGAAGCUGCUCUAAGAGCAACAGCUGCAGCUACGCCCACAGCGCAGAGGAGUUGCGAGAGCCCCCAGCACUGACGAAGACGAAGAUGUGUGUACACUGGCAGGCGGGUACGUGCCCGGCUACGGACGGUUCGUGUCUCUUUGCCCACGGCGAGGCGGAGCUGCGCAGCACUAGCGACUACUACAAGACGAAGCUAUGCAAGUUCUGGGUGCGGGGCGGCGUCUGCCCCGCAGGAGACAGCUGCCGCCAUGCACACGGCGAGCAGGAGCUGCGGAAGCGCAAUUAUCGACGGACGGAGCUGGAGAAGUUUGCUUCAGUACAUGGGUUGAAUAUUGUGGCGCUGCUGGAGGAGCUGCGGGGUGCUGCUAGCCUCAAUGUUGCUGCAGCAGCAGAAGCAGCAGUAAUAAGAAGCAAAGCGAGGAAAGGUGCUGGGGAGGGGCAGCAGCAACCUGCCGCAGGACUCCCUGCAGCAGCAGCAGCAGCAAGCACUGCUGCGAGCUCCGUUGCUGCUCCCGCUGCUUCUGCUGGUGCUAGUGCUGCUGCUGCUGCAACGGCCCCAGGCACCCCAACGGAGGUGCAGCAGCUACAGCAGCAGCUGCAGCAGCAAUCACCUGGCCCCGAGCGGCAACGGGGUGUAUCGGCACCUACGCAAAACAACAGACCAAUCUCGGCAGAUAGGCAGCAGCAGCAACAGCAGCAGCAGAAGCAGCAGCAGCUGCAUCACCACCAUCACCAUGCGCACGGGCACCAUCGUCGAGGAGGGGAUGGCCAUUCCUCGAGAGGGCAGCAGCAGCAGCAGCAGCAUCAGCAGCAGCAGCAGCAGCAGUUCGUGGCGGAGCAGGAUCCAAGCCACGGCUGGAAGCAGCACGAACAGCAGCAUCAGCAGCAGCAGCAGCUGCUGCUGAUGCAACGUGCUGCAGUGGAGAGCGGUGCUCCGGUGUAUGCACAGGUGCCUUUUGUGCCUACAGACGUCUACCCCACACUGUCAGGGCUUCUUCCGUAUACAACUCCUUUUGUGCAGAUGCCAUACGCAGCAGCAGCAGCAGCUGCUGCUGCUGCUGCUGCUGCUCCGGGGCCACAGUAUGCCCCCACCAGUUUUCCCCUCGGCAUCUACCCUCCUUUUCCGAUGCUGCAAGUGCCCCCAGUGCAGCAACCGCUCGUCAGCCCAGCAGCGGCAGCGGCAGCAGCAGCAGCAGCAGCAGCACCUACUUCAACAGUAGCUGCCGCCGGUGUGCAGCAGCAGCAGCGUACCGAAGGACCGAGAGAUGCAUGA